AUGCCCUCUUGCUUAGCCAAUAAGCCAAUACCCACAAAUGCAAACACAGACUUCAUCAAAAAAUCAUGUACCAUCACAUUGUACCCUCAAUUAUGCUACGACUCCCUCUCAAUCUUUGCGGACAAAAUCAAAACUAGCCGCAAAAACUUAGCCACCUUUGCCAUCUCUGUUACCCUCUCAGCCGCCCAAUCAGCCUCAGAUUUCGUGACAAAGCUGUCAAAGAGUCCGGGCCUGAGCCCCGUGGAGGCUUCAGCCCUAGCUGACUGUGUCGAACUAUCGGGCGACUCAGUGGAUGAGCUCAGCCGUUCCUUGAAAGAGAUAGCUAAUACUAAUUUUGGAGACCCCAACUUUGGUAGAGAAGUAAAUGAUAUUCAGACUUUUGUUAGUGCUGCAUUGACAGAUUUUGUUACUUGCUUUGAUGGCAUUUCUAAGAAAGCAAGUGGGCAAGUCAAGACUAAAGUCGGGACGCAAGUUUUGAACGUUGAGCAUUUGGCUAGUAAUGCCUUGGCUUUUAUCAGCAGCUAUGGUACAGGUCCCCAGACAACCUCACCAUAA